UAAUAAACAUGGCAGGGAAAUCCAGCAUGCAGUCAGGAGAUGAAAACAUGAAUGCCUUAUUAAUCGGGCUCUUAAUCGGCUUACUCAUAGCUCACUUUUUCCUCACGACAACGCCAAAGUAUGCAGAUGAUCCUAGAAUUGACGAGAUUAUGGAAGACAGCGAUAAAGAGAGUGAAGCGGAAGGAGAGUAUUAUUAUGAAGAAGAGGAGGAAGAGAGUGAAGAUGAUAAGGAAGAGGAAAAAGAGAAGUCUGGAGUACAAGACGGUGUCAGGAGAAGGAAUAUCUAAGGAUUUUGUACCCGGAGGAGAGAUAUCACCACAAGAGAAACUACUUUCAAUAUUUUAAAGAA